UUACUGACUGUGAAAGAGUAGGACAACCUUGACAUUCCCCCACACACGCUGUAUGUCGCCUCCGGGAGAUGGUCAUUUUCCUCUCCAUGCGAAUAGGAGGAGCCCUCAGUUUUACCCGACUGUGUCACUAACGAAGAGGACAAGCCCAUGUGCUGAGGAGAGGGAAAGAGAGAUAGGGGUGGUGUGGUUUCUGCAGGUAAACACUAGUGAUCCCGAGCACAGAGAGGCAAGUGCGGAGUUUAGCCCACACCCAGCACGCUUGCGGACACCGUACGGAUCCACCUGUGUUGUUGUAUCUUCCAUUUUCAGCAACCCGCGGGUGGGAAGCAGCCAAUGCCAAUGCGCUCUCGACUGUGGACCAUGUUCGCAGGUCAGAGGAUGCGUAAAAAUGCGUAGUAACUGGAAUAGCAGGUGCUGGAAGAAGGGCGUCCGACUGUCAACACGUCUAAACUGUGCGCAUAGCGCCGAGCGCUGAUGUUCAAACCAUGGAGAAACAAGCUCUUGCAACGGCUCUUAGCUUGUCCAUGAGCGUUAUCUCUUUACUCUUGUUGGUCACCGCUAUCUUCACCGACCAUUGGUACGAGACAGACACCAGAAGGCAUAAGGAGAACUGCGACAAGUAUGGGUCGGAUUCUAACGACCAGAAAAACAGGGAGAUGCCUAUAUACCACUUGCCUCUUGUGGACAACGGCAACUCCAAACGGAACGUGGCGCUUAUGAAGCCGAUUCACGUCGGGAGUAGAGAGGAGGAAUUACUUGAGAACUGGAGGGCGAUACUGGGGAUGGGGAUUCUUGAGACGGAAUGUGGGCGUCCGUUGUUCUCCACAUAUUCUGGACUCUGGAGAAAAUGCUACUUUCAAGGCAUGGACCGGGAUAUCGAUAAACUCAUAUCAAAGGGUAUUGCGGACCGAUGCACAACUGUCAAGUACCAUUUCUCUCAGCCUAUUCGGCUUCGAAACAUCCCGCUCAACCUGACGAGAACCAUUCAGCAAGAUGAAUGGCAUCUCUUACAUCUGCGGCGAAUCACGGCGGGGUUCCUUGGGAUGGCGGCCGCCGUUUUGCUGUGUGGCAGCAUUGUGGCCACAGUGGGCUUCUUUUGGGAGGAGAGCCUCACCCAGCACGUCUCCGGCCUGCUCUUCCUCAUGGCAGGGAUCUUCUGCACCAUCUCCUUGUGCACCUACGCCGCCAGCGUCUCCUACGACCUCUCCCGGAACCCACCCUUCAUCUAUGGACUGCCCGGCGACGUGGACCAUGGUUACGGCUGGUCCAUCUUCUGCGCCUGGGUCAGCCUGGGACUUACCGUGGCAUCGGGCUGCCUCUGCACCACCUACCCCUUCUUCAGCCAAACCAAGGCCCUGCACUCCAAAACCGCCCGGGAGUCCUCGGUAUGAGCGUUAUGAGCAGUGUGAGAGAAUUGUGCGCCCCCUGUAUAUUUGGAGGAUGAAUUGUUGGUGUGGACAUUUUGUUGCUGACUGAAGACCAAUAUAAAAGGAGGUGUUUUAUUUGUACGAAACCAGAGAUGAAACAUAGUUUCCACAGUGAGAUAUGGGAAUCUUGUUGGUCUUUUUUGUGGACUCUCGCCAUCCUUUAUCGAGGUGUUAUGGAAUGUGCAGCUGUUAUGAUGUGUUAUGUGUGUGUUUGUAUGUGCACCCAGGCAAACUGACACAUACAUAUGGACCUACACAUGUGUACACAAGCACACACACAGUCUCUCUCUCUCUCUCUCCAAGAUAUGGAGAACAAUAUGAGAGUGAAUAACAUGAAACGAUGCAAAUACCCACACAGGCAUACCACACACAUAAAACAUGUGUGUAUAUAUUAGCAUAUAUACGAAAAAGGCAGAAUUCUUAUGGGUGGUUUGGUAAGAUUGAAUCAAAUGGACAUUGUAUAAAACUACUAGUAUCACUUUAAAAGCAAGAACCCUGCUUUUUUUCAGAUGUAAGUGAUAUAUUUUCUAAACUCUUAAGUACAAAACUCUAAACUGAUAGCAUGUGUAAUGCCCCCUAUCUUAUGCUCAGAACCUUUGAUUGUGCAUUCAUUGGGGUUUCACAUCUUUGUUCUCCAUUAAAUACCAUGAGCACAUUUUGGUUAGUCACCAAUACAUCAGAUUGGCUCACCAUGUAGUCAUUUUAACUACUAUUUUCAGUUGUUGUUCUUUUCAAUCACUUCCGUGCAAUUUUCACUAGUAUGUGGUACAUUUUCACGACAAGCACAAAAAUCAAAACAGAUCAUCACAAUCGUCCCUGUUUCAAAACUCACAUUUGCAAUUGACUGAGAAAAACAAACAAACAAAGUCACAUGUUCACUGCACCAAAUCACUUUUUUGGGGGGGUUACAUAUUCAAUCUAAGUGUCUGCUUUUCAAAAUGCAAUAUUCACUUUACUUUUGAUAUGAGUUUCUUGUCAUUUGUUAACAAUACAAUUAUCUAUCGCUUAAUCAAACUGCUCAAAACUGCUAACUACUGAGCCACAAGUAUGUACUGCUUAGUUAACGUAUAUAGUUUGAUAACUGUUGAACACUGUAAAUGUCUAUAUUUUUUACCUAAAUGUAGCAAUUUGACAUCAAUUUAUGUUGGAAGUUAAAAGCAUAUGGAUGUGACUGUAAAUACUACAUCAUCAUUCUCCAUCAGCCAGUGUGCUCCAAUAGGACAAAAGGGAAAGAAUCCCUAUGUGCUACAAUUUGGGAUUAUAGUGUUGUGCACAACGCACUGCUGAAACAACUUGGUUGUGCACUGCUGAUACACAUUUCAAAACUGUUCUUUUUGAAGUGCUGAAUAGAAAGAAUACUAGAUGGUAAAUAUAUAUUUUCCAUACAGUAUUUGACUCUAACUUGACAUACCAUUUUUUUUUAAACAAUUUGUAUCCAAUGGCAGGUUGUGAGCACGUUGAGAAAUAUGUCAGUUUAACGGUUUCAUCAUCCGUAUACAGCACACGCGUAGGACAAAUCAUCAGAAAUAGGGGUAUUGUAAAGCAGUUGGCUACUGUAAAAACGUAGUACGGGUGUUGUGUGCUAUUUCUGCCGCAUGCAACAUUGUGAAAGAUCACCCUUUUCUACAGGACUUGUCAACUAAUACAGUAUCGCCUGUCGCUCUGCUUGAAAUUCGUCGGCUUACAAUGUACAAAUGAAAUUCAGAUGAUGAGUGAAAUAUAUUAUUAUACACAAUACAGGUAUUUCAACACUACACUAUCAAAUCAAAUUUAUUUAUAUAGCCCUUCGUACAUCAGCUGAUAUCUCAAAGUGCUGUACAGAAACCCAGCCUAAAACCCCAAACAGCAAGCAAUGCAGGUGUAGAAGCACGGUG